UCAUUAUUGCACUUAGAUAUCUCACCUUCACCUGUAACUCAACAUACCUAAAAUUGAAUUAAUAAUCUUCUCUAAAACCAACUUGAAUUUCCCAAGAUUCCUGUCUUUGCCAGUUGUACCACUAUUAGUCACCUACAUUUGAAUCUUUGAGGGCAUCUUCAACUACUCAAUUUUCCUAUAUCCUGUCCAUCAGCAAGUCUUAUCAAGUCUUAGAACUAUUCUUCCUUUCCAUUACAUUUCCACUACCAUCAUUUCACACUUGAAUGUUAUAACAACCUUCUGGAAGGCUUUACAUAUACCUCAUUGUUAGUCUCUCACUCCUUAGUAGCAAGAUUUCAACCCUGAAUAAAUUCCACAGUCCACCUUUUCUACUUUUACAUUCAGGAUACUGGGUGAUGCUAUGGAAAAUUAUGUAAAGCUAGAGAUUGGGUACCUCAGCAGAGUCUUGGGAUCCAAUCUCUGUGGACUUGUAGUCCUAUUUAAUCCUUUACCUUUUCCUUCACUUUCCUGUCAGCAGUGAUUUUAAAACCCACACCACCCUCCAGGACUCUCUUCCACUCUUCUACACUUCCCCUUCUCACAUCCUUCAGAUAAACUUAUCUCCCACAUUCAAUCAGUUACCGAGUUUUGCCAGUUUUUAUUUUUUUUUAGUUUUGCCUGUUUUAAUGGUAUAUUUCACCAGUCUCCUUGCUCCUCUCUAUCCCUACUGUGUUCUAGCUCAUGCCCUCCUUAUCUCCUGCCUCAUCUAGUUAUUUACAUACAUGUGGUCUCCUUACUUUGAGGCUUGUUCCUCUCAAAUUUAUCCUCCAUAUUGCAGCUAGAGGAGAGACUUCUCUCAAACACACGGCUGACCAUGUCACUUACUACUUAAAACAUUUCAAGGUUUCCCAAUACACAGGAUAAAAAGUCUAGGCUCCUUAGCAUAACCUAUACAUCUCUCUGAUCUGACACCUUUUUGCUUCUCCCAUCUUAUCCUGUUAUAUUUUAUUCUACAACAAUUCCAAAUUUUAAGAAGUUCUUAUAAACACUUCUAUGCUUCUAUCAUGCUAGUCCCUCUCCAUACAAUACUCUUCUCAACUCUUUCCAUCAAGUUAACUAUUGUUCAUCCUUCCAAGUUUAAGGCAUCAUCUCUUCCAGUAGCCUUCUUCAGACCCCCAUAUUCUGCUUCUUUGAGCUCCCAUACCCUUUAAGCAUACCUCUUACCUUUACCAAAUGCAAUUGAAAUUCUUUGUUUAUAUGUUUCUCACUUGGAUUUGUGAGCAACCUGCCCAUUUUACUCAUCUUGUACCCCUAGAAUCUAGCAUGAUGCGAGAUUAGCUAACGCUAAGGUGCUUAGUGUUUGUUGAACAGAUUAUUUGAAGUCAACACAUCAUGCUCAUUUCUGUCUCUCCCAUAUCUGAUACUGUUUUCAUCCCCUGGAAUGCCCUUAUCUGCCUUCCUUACAAUUCAAAUCCUUCUUGUCCUCCAAGAUCCAUCAUAACUUCCCUCACUGCUCUAGCUGCUGGUAUUCUCCCCCUCCUCUGAUUCCUCAUAGACUUCACUUUUUCGUUGACAAUUGCAUUAAUUUUAGCCCCUUAACUGAAUUAGCCUCCUUGAGACAAGGGAUUAUAUUUUAUUCUGCAAUAUCCAUCUCAGCACUUUAUAUGGUGUAAUAAGUACAUAGUUUUUCUUAGUAUUUGCUAAUUGUUUAUUGAGAGGCAGUGUCAUGUAGAAGGAUAAACAUAGAUUGGGAGAUAUGUUUGAAGUCAUUUACCCGGUUGUAGCUCAGAUUCCUCAGGUGUAAAGUGAAAAUAGGCUACUUCACAGUAUUGUCAAAGGAUGAAAUGAAGCAGUACAGUAUCCAUUACAGAAUAGGUCCUUAACAAAUGUUACUUUUUUAAAAAUGUUUUUCUCCUGUUGUAAUUUAAAAACAGGUAAAUUAGACUUUUUCUACUUUUUUUCAUAAAGUAAAUCCCACAUUAAGGUGCAUUUUUGCUUAUAUGUAGCUCUCAAUUGACUAUUUUCCAUUUAAGCUAAUAGACCAAUGGUUCUCACCUUGACUACAUGUUAGAAUCAUACAGGGAGCUUUUAGAAAUCUCAAUGCUCAGGCCAUCCCUCAAAUCAAUUAAAUUAGAAUCCCUAGGACCUACACAUUAGUGUUUUGUUUUCUCUUUUUUAACUCCCCAAUUGAUUAGGAUAUAGAGCUAAGAUUGAGGACCACAGCGUUAGACUAUUUAAAGACAUGUACUUCCCCAAUCUGUGCUUUGAAAACAAAGAUCAUAUAGUCUGGGGAGUUAUAAGAUAGAGCUGUGAUUAGGAGAAAAAUGGGCACCACAAGUGUUAGGUAAUGGAAGAUUCUGAAAGCUAUGAGAUGCAAAGAAGCUUGAGUUUCUGAAUGAAGUCAGAAACAAGGAAUCCUAGCAGAGCUGAGGGCAGCAGAGCUGGACAGGGCCAAGGAGCAGACCAAGAUGGGAGAUUAGAAAGUGUAAGAAACAUAGUGGAUUAAAGAGAUUUAGAGUAUACUUAUCUUGGUGAGCACUAAAUAAUGUAUAAAAUUGUUGAAUCAUUAUAUUGUAUACCUGGAACUAAUGUAACACUAUAUAUUAAUUAUAUUUCAAUUAAAAAAGGAAAAGAAAAAGAAAUAUAGUGGAGGCAGGUUACAGAAGGAUUAGACCAGGAAUUCUGAACUUGGAGUCAAUAAAUAGACUUCAUAUCUUCAGAGAAAGUGUUUACACCAUUUUUAUAUAUUAUUUUCUGAGAUGUCUAUAUCUAGAAAAACCUAAAGGAUAUCAGUAUUUGAAAAAGACAAGGGCUAAGGUAAUAGUAAUCAGACCAGAAUUCCAGAACUGCCUCUGGACCUUUUAUAUGUGACCUGCAGCUUCUCUAAACCCCUAUAUUACCUAUAUUAUAAUCUUCCAAUAUAAUUUGUAAAGAAACAAAGGAGGAACUGAGGAGAAUAUUAUGUAUACUAUAUACUUUAUAAGCACUAAACAAAUAUGUAAAACCCCUGAAAUAUGAGUACAUAAUCAUAAUGAAGAUCAUUGGCUCGAUAUUAGGGCAGUGGUGCUCAACAAUGGCUGUAUUAAAAAAAAUCAUCUAAAAAAACGCUUUCAAAAAGUAAGAAAGCCUGGUUCAACUCCUAGAGAUUCUGAUUUAAAUGGGCCUGUAACAUGAAUAUUUUUAAAUUUUUCACAUGGUUCUAAUGUGUAGCUAGCAUUGAGAACCACUAACCUAGAGGAAACCAGGUAUCCUGCUUAUCUUGCAUAACUUGGGUGCUCUCAAAAUGUAUGGUGUUGGCCAAGCAGAUCUGAGUCUUAAUUUUCACACCUGUUAAAUAAGUAUUAAUUUUUUGAAAAGGUUUGUUCUGAGCAUGCAUAGUCCUGGAUUUAGUCUUUAGCUUUGCAGGAAGUCCAGAAUCUUCAUGGUAGAUCAGCCUCAAAUCAGGGACUGACCAGACCACAAACAAACUUGGCAAACACUUAUAAAUAAUCAAGGAAGCAGAAAGGUAUUCCCUUAGUGUAUUUCCCACACGUUCUCUAAGAAUAAUUACCUGUGGUAUUGUUAAAAUACAAAUUCCCUCUCCUAGAGACAGUGGAUCAUGUUCUCCAGGGGAGGAGCUUGGGGAUCUAUAUUUAAGUAAUGCUCCAAGUAAUUCUUAUCAGAGAAGUCUGGGAAACAUUGUAAUUUAAGUUAAUACGUUGUCAUUCUGAUAGUGAUUUAUGGUAGGAGAAGAUAUGUAUUUUUUCAGUUCUCAGGGUUUUUAAAACUUGGAUCUAUCAUCCAGGGAUAUCCCUUUUUUGGGAUCAAAGAAUAUGGGAAACCAAAUUAUAAUCAGAAAGUGACUUGGUGAGCAUGAAAUCAGAGCACUGGGAGAGAGGAUAGUUACGAGGAAUCAUUCAUUCAGUCUUUGGCAUAACCUGCUGAGCUCUCCUGGGCCCACUAGAGUAUCUGUCAAUAGUACGCAGAGUCCUCAUGUUCUUCCAAGUUAGUAUCUUUCUUUCCCCCUUGACAAUAUUCUCUUGUUUCUAUGAAUAAUCUUUGCUUGGACAAGACACAUACACUUGAUAAUGAUUAAUUUAGAAUCCUUUGAAUGAUUAAGGGGCUGUUUGAUUUAAAAGAUGACCUCGCUUGACCCUAAAAUUACUGCAGCCACCAAUUUAUUGCCCCUUCUUUAGGGUGGGAUUAUUUUAUAUUUGGCUUAUGAAAUUUAUUAAUUUGCUACUUCUGACCAAAGAGAAAGUAGAAGAAUAAUGAGGUUAAGAAAAUAAAGAUUAAUUUAUCCCCUGCUUUCAAUUCUACCUAAGAAGCAGAGUAGAGAGGUAGCUGGUAUACCUAUUCUAUAGUUCUUGACUCUUUUGAAGUGGUAACUAGUAGUUUUGUUUUAGAAUUUUGCUUUCAGCUUUUAUCCUUAGAGUGGGGCUCACUGAACCUCUCUCCUUUCUAAAAUCUGUCUGUGGAAAUUACUUUUGGUAAACUAAUGCACUACAGUGAUUUCAGCAUUUAGUAUGAGAACCUACGUUUGCCAUAUUUGUAAUAUCACCUUUACAUCUUUAGAAAUGUUCCGAUCCCAUAUGCAAGGAAGUGAACACCAAAUUAAAGAAUCCAUUGUUAUCAACCUAGUGAAGAAUUCAAAGAAGACACAAGACUCUUACCAAGAUGAAUGUGCAGAUUACAUCAAAGUGCAGAAAGCCAGAGGAUCAGAGUCCAAGACUUGUUUCAGAAAGAUGGAAGAGGGUUCUUUGGAAACCCGUGGGUACAGGGAAGUAGUUGAUUCCAGGUCCAGACAUAGAAUGUUUGAACAGAGACUCCCAUGUGAGUCUUUCUGGACAUACCCAGGAUCAUACAAUAUUUCACAACCAGGAGAAAACCAAUUACCUCAUUGCUCACCAGCUCAUUCAAAGAGGACCUAUGACUCUUUCCAAGAUGAACUGGAAGAUUACAUCAAAGUGCAGAAAGCCAGAGGACUAGAUCCAAAGAUUUGUUUCAGAAAGAUAAGAGAGAACACUAUGGAAACCCGUGGGUACAGAGAAGUUGAUUCUGGACCCAGACAAAGAAUAUUUGAGCAAAGAUUUUCACUUGAGAUUUCCCAGACCUACCAUCAACCAUAUAAUAUUUCACCAGUGGAAAGCCAGUUAUAUCACCGGUUACCAGCUCAUUCAAAGAGGACUUAUGAUUCCUUCCAAGAUGAACUUGAAGAUUACAUCAAAGUGCAGAAAGCCAGAGGACUAGAGCCAAAGACUUGUUUUAGAAAGAUUAGUGAUAGCUCUAUGGAAACCCAUAAGUACAAAGAAAUGGUUGAUUCCAGACCCAAACAUAGAAUAUUUGAGCAAAAACUCCCAUUUGAGACUUCCCAGACCUAUACAGGAUCAUACAGUAUUUCACAAGCACUAGAAAACCAGUUACCUCAUUGCUUACCAACUAAUGACAGCAAACAGAAACUAGACUCCAUGAUCUCUUGUCAACCCAUCAGAGACUAUUUCCCAGAAAAACCAGUACCCCUGAGCCUUAGUCAGCAAGAAAAUAACUCUGGCCCAUACAGUGUAGAAUCUGAAGUUUACAAGCACCUCUCCUCAGAAAACAGUACCAGUGACCAUCAAGCAGAUCAUAAACGGAAACAUCAGAAGAGAAGAAGACACCUGGAGGAAGGUGAAGAAAGGCCAGAGAAAGAGCAGUCCAAGCAUAAAAGGAAAAAGAGUUAUGAGGAUACUGAUCUAGAUAAGGACAAGAGCAUCCGACAAAGGAAGAGAGAGGGAGAUAAAGUCAGUGUCAGUUCAGGAAAGCUUAAACAUCGAAAAAAGAAAAAAAGCCAUGAUGUAUCCCCUGAGAAAGAAGAACGUAAGCACAAGAAAGAGAAAAAGAAAUCUGUUGAAGAAAAGACAGAAGAGGAAAUGCUUUGGGAUGAAUCUAUUCUUGGAUUUUGAGCUUUUAGUUUUUGUUUACCCAAGGAUGAAUUGAAGAAAUCAGUUAAGAACAUGGAUUUAGACAAACAGGAACAUCUAGUGAAGAAAAGGAGCAGUGGAUACAGUCAGUGUCAGUUCAGGAAAGCUUAGUUUUUGUGUGUAUAAGUUGAAAUUGAAUUGAAAGAAGAAACAAACAAGCUUAGACCUACCCUCUGAGAAAGAACAUAAGAAAAACAUAACACAACAAGAACAUAAGAGAAAAGGAAGCCUGUUGAAGAAAAGACAAGAGUCAAUGUUUUGGGAGGAGUCUGUUCUAGGAAUUUGAACAUUUUAUUUUGUUUACCUAAGGAUGAAUUGAAGAAAUCAGUUUAGAAAAUGGAUUUAGACAAAAAACAAAAACAUCCAAUGAAGAAGAGAAGAGGUGAAUAUGGUUAUUGUCAAUUCAGGAAAGCUUAGUUUUUUGGGGGGUGUAAAAAUUGAAAAUGACUUGAAAGAAGAAACAAGCAUAAACCUAGCCUCUGAGAAAGAAGAAUAUAAGAACACAAGAAUAGAAAAGGAAACCUGUUGAAGAAAGAUAAUGCUUUGGGAUGAGUCUACUCUUGGAUUUUGAACUUUUUAGUUUUGUUCCCUUAAGGUUGAAUUGAAGAAAUAAGUUGAAGAGUUUGGUUUCAUGAAAUUGUUAUUUGAAUUUUCCUAAAUGAACAGUUAACUUUAACCUCUAACAAAAGCCAAGUGAAGUAAAAGUAUUCAAUAUGCCUUUUCCUUAAGUUACUUUUCCUCAUUUUCUUAAAAAAAAAGAAAAAAAUUACGUUUCUUACAUAUAAUGUAAUUUUGCUUAAUGAGGUUGUCUCUACUUCUAUUCAUCAAAUUGCUGUGGUGGUGAAUUAUUUACCCAUGGGAGAUAAUUUAUUUUAAGUGAGAGAAUUACCAGGCAUUAGAGAAUCCAUUCCUUGUUUGGGUUUGUGAUAGUGUUGGUAUUUUUUUGUUGUUGUUGUGUGUUUAUUUGUUUCUUGGUUUUCUCCAAGAAAAAUGUAUGAAGCGAUUUAGACUGAUUUUUUUGUUUGUUAAAUCUAAUUUGCAGUGUAUUUUUAUAUUUUCUAGUUCUGAAAGUGAAAAUGAAACAGUCUAUAAUAAGUUUAGAUUAUAUAUAGUUUUAAAAAGCUCUCAAAAUGUACUGAUACAAAAUCAGUCUAUAUUCUGGAAAUGUUUAUAUUAUAUUAAAGUGUUUUAAUUUCUAUAUAUUG